AACCAGUCGUCAGUUCGCUGCUGACUCUCGACUGGUGCACAACCAGUCUGCGCCGAGCCGUGGUGGAGUGCACGUCGCUGAAACACGCGAUUUUCAGCGCUGAAAAAUCUCGUGUCGCGGUAUCAAAUUAACUCGCCUGUUUCCAAUGCACACGAACUCUUUAUGCAAAACGUCCAGGACUUCACUUUCCCGGCGACCUGAAACGUGCUUUCAACUAUAAACACUUGGAGCUUUUUCAGCGGAUUCUGCAGUGACUUGUGCUGAAAUUUGGUUUAGUGUGUUCGAUUACUGUGAUAUUGUGCUGUCACUCUGUGUGCCUUUUUGUGUCAAUUUGUGUUUGUUCUAUUUGGAUUUUUUAUUUCCGCUUCCCUCACUCUUCAUGAUGUGGAAGAUAACAUAAUUGCAUCCACGAUUCUGCACCGCUCGCCUGAAAUGCUUUGAAAUAAAGCAAUUAUUUAGAGAUAAAAUAAGACAAUCAAGAUGGCAUCAUCACACAAGUUCCUGCUGCUUCUCCUGCGGAUAGCCGGUCUGUGUCUGGUGAAUGCGGCUGGGCAGAUCCGCGAACAAAAGUUCGCGAUGGAGCCCCAAGAUCAAACGGCCGUCGUCGGGUCGCGGGUGACGCUGCCCUGCAGGGUUAUCGACAAGACCGGGAUCCUGCAGUGGACCAAGGACGAUUUCGGGCUCGGCACGCACAGGAAUCUCAGUGGAUUCGAGAGGUACUCCAUGAUUGGCAGCGAUGAAGAAGGCGACUAUUCCCUGGACAUCUACCCUGUGAUGUUGGACGACGACGCCAAGUACCAAUGCCAAGUGUCGCCCGGUCCCCAGGGCCAGCCCGGCAUUCGCAGCCACUUCGCCACGGUGACGGUGCUCGUGCCGCCCGACCCGCCCAAGAUCGUGCAGGGGGAUUACCUGGUCACGACGGAAGACAGGGAAAUAGAACUGGAGUGCAUAAGUCACGGCGGCAAGCCGGCGGCGGAAAUAACGUGGAUUGAUGGCCUGGGAAACGUCCUAACAGACGGAAUUGAAUAUAUCGUGGAGGAACUGUCGGACGGGAGGAGAUUCACCGCCAAGUCGAUAUUGAAACUGACGCCCAGGAAAGACCACCACAACACCACGUUCACUUGCCAGGCCCAGAACACGGCGGAGAGGACGCACAGAUCGGCUAAAUUGAAGCUGGAGGUGAAGUAUGCACCGAAGGUGACGGUUUCUAUUUUAUCUGGAGCUUCCCCAAACGGGCGGAUUCCUGAAGGGGCGGAGGUCAGCCUUGGGUGUCACGCCGAUGCCAACCCUGCGGACGUCACCUAUAGGUGGUUCGUGAACGAUGAGCCGUCAGUUGGAGGCUACACGACCGAAAUGGUGAUACACAAUGCAACCAGGAAAUAUCACGAUGCUAUCGUCAAAUGCGAAGUACAUAAUGCGGUUGGAAAAAGCGAAGAAAGUGAGACCUUAGAUAUUAGUUAUGGUCCGCAAUUCCGGACGAAGCCCCGUUCCGUCCAGGCCGACCUUGGAGCCAGCGUCACCCUGUCCUGUGACGUCGAUGGUAAUCCCUUUCCGGAGAUAUCGUGGUACGACGAGAAGCACAAGCGAAUCAUCCACAACAGCCCCAAUCUGACUUUGCGGGUCGAUCACGAGACGGCCGGAAGGUAUUUUUGCAAGGCCCAUGUUCCCGGAUUUCCGGAAAUCGGCGCGGACGCCACAAUUUACCUCAAAGGCCCGCCGUCUAUAGUCAGCCAUCGGACCCAGUUCGGCAUCGAAGGAGAUAAUGUCCGUGUGGAGUGCACGAUUUUCUCGAUUCCGCCGCCGGAACGCAUCGUUUGGACCUUCAACGGUAGGGAAGUCGACCUACGCGACCAGGAUUACUCGAUACUGGAAGAUCCAUCGCCCGAGGGCAUCAAAUCUACAUUGGUAAUAAGGGAGUCUCAGGAGAAACACUUUGGAAUGUAUAAUUGCAGCGUCAGUAAUCCAUAUGGAAGCGACGUCGUCGAGAUAAAUUUGAUGCAGCAAAGUAUGGGAUGUGAUUAUUGGUGGGGUUUUUGUGUAAUGGAGUCUUUGCUUGCAGAGAGCGUCCCAUCACUUAUCAUAAUCGUCGGCGUCGCAGCUUUAGUUAUACUUGUAUUUAUCGUGGUUCUGGUUGUUUUCUUGUGUCAGAAGCAGAACAAGAAGAAGCCGCCACCAGAGACUGAUGCAAACACUAUAGAAAAGCAAUGCAAAGAAUCCGACCGUAGUUCCAAUAUCUCCGACUUGAAACUCGAUCUCAGGACCGGAUCUUCGAAUAGUAACGUACAUUGUGAUAUGGAUUAUAUUCCAGGGGCCGAAUCCGAAACAGGAAGUGAGUCUGUUAUAACGCGAAUCGGUGUACCUUUAGCUGGCCCCGUCAAUGUUUCAGGGCAAGAAAUCUAUAGGUACUCUGCUGAUUACACCGAACCCAGCUUCCCGCCAAAGGACGGCCAAAACAACAACGGAUACGUGCCAUACGUCGACUACUCCCGCGACUACAACCCCCCAAUGAUGCAGCCUCCCAUUUCGUCAUCGUUGGACCCCGGUCGGGAGAGCCUCCAGUCGACGCGUCUUCAGCUCAACUCGCUGCAGUCGCACCAGAUCCCGGUGUCGAGCCAGAACCUGCCCCUGAGCGACCUGUCCGACAUCCACAUGGGGGCGGCCCAGAGCAUCCCCAACGGGGGUCUGCCGGGCAUGGGUUACAUAGACCCGAGGUUCAGUGCCACGUACGGGAACCCCCACCUGAGGAACCCCAACGUGGGGCUGCCCACGCCCAACACGGCCAACCCCGCGGCCACCCCCGCGCCGCCCCCGUACUCGAGGGACAACUCGCGGAUAGCUAGUUCUAGUGCAAUGAUGACUGCUAGUGCUAAUGUAGCGAAUACAGUGGUUGCGAACGGUGCUAACGGAUCGGUGCCGCAGGUGACGCGGCUGCCGAAUUCGCCAACGAGUCAGUAUAUAGUUCCAAAUUCCAAUAUGGCGACGAUAAAGAGAGGCACUAUGGCGACGCACGUAUAGUGUGCGCGGGACUCUAGUGGUUACUAAGUUUCAAUUGUAAAAGAGAAGACUGAAUACUGUAUCAAUCGAAAUUUUUUUCACUACUACUCGUUUUUGGUAGGAAUUUUUACGCCGAAAUUGAUGUACAUUAUCUAGACAAUUAAAUUAAUUGACCGAAUUAUUGAUUAAAACUUAAUCAGAACGUACAGUUUAUACUACGAACCUGGCUCUCACCCCAGCUGCAAAUACAAGUGACGACGAGAACAGACACAUAUCAUAUUGAUAUCAAAAGCAAUGAAAUCGGGAAAAUAUGCAAUUAUGCGUGCAAUACGGAAAGCUGAUAUUUUUUAUUACUUGUAUUUGGAUAUUGAGACAGGUUUUCAUAUUAUAUAGAUUAGUGUACAUAUCAGGAGUCGAUCAGACGCAAUUUUUAAGAUGUCAAUUCUUGAAAUCCAUUUCAAAAUUUCUACGAUUCAGUGUUAACGCUAACUUCAAAAUUUCGUUGUCUAGACAAUUUUUAUUGUUGGAAAAAGUAAAACCUGCCGGUGUGAAGAAAAUAUUUAAUCAUCUAUGCGCUUCCAGAUAAUAUGUAAAACAUGUCUGUGUUCUUUUUUUACUUUCAUUCCAGAUUUUGUUACUUAUUAGGAGAAUUUAUUUAUUUCCAUCAUUUCGCAGAACUUGUGAAGUAGCUCAGCUUUUAAUGGCGAGAGAUGAAAUUGUUGAUAAAACUAUUGAAAGGAAUAAAUUUGUUAUGAAUGGAAAUUUUAGAUAAGUAUACCAAAGAUAUUUUUUGUAUAUUAACUAUAAACAAAUGUAUAUUUUUAAGUGAAUUCAACGACGCAUCCAACUUAACUAACAUUUUGUACCGUACUAUAUUGCAUUUGCUUAUUGUUAAGUGCAAUUUAUCUAUUCCUUGUACUUAAAACGUAUGCAAUAUGUUGCUUUAUUAUAUUUGCUCAUUUUUUUUAGUUUCUCGUUUGUAAUUACGUGUAUAUUUGUAUAUUUCUUUUUUACGUGUAUAUUUUCGUAUACUUGUAUACUUAGUUAAACCGUCGAUUAUGUUAUCUUCCAAUUUCAUUUGCAUGAUUUGUGUCAGUUGUGUCUUUUAUCAGUUUGUAGAACGAAUGAGUGAUCUGUUAUAAAGGAUGAUAGAUAUUAGCUCAACUUGUACAUAUAGAAUUUUACGACGUUUUCUAUUCUAGAAAACACUGUUACUACUGUGUAUAAAUUUUUUUAAAUCUUAACGAACAGCAAUAUUUAUAAAACUUUGUGAUUGUAAAAUAAA